UUGUUGUUUGUUCGUCAUCUUCUACUCUCUCUUUUGUUUCUUUUUUUGUUUUCCUCUCAUUUAAAUUCAAAGAAUUGUAUAAAUAAAUAAAUAGUUAAGAAAUCUUUAAACCAAAAAAAAAAAAAAACCACAAGAUUAUAUCGUAGAAAAGCGCACAAUUUGGAUUACAGCAAUAUAAUCGAUCUUCAGGUAUCUUGAUUUCAAAAUCAUCAUAGGACUUUUAUCUUUAUAAGGAAAUAAUGCACAAGUAAUUCGAGGCAUUUUAAAGGGAUUAAGCAGUUUCUGUUCUUUGUUCUGAUCAUAACUCUAGCUCGAAAUGGCUCAAAAUGGUACUGCUUGUCCAAAGCCGAUGCAGGCUACCUCAACCGGAGUCUUCCAAGGAGAGAACCCUCUUGAUUAUGCUCUACCCCUUGUUAUCGUUCAAAUAAUCCUUGUGAUUGUUCUCACUCGUACCUUGGCUUUCUUGCUUAGGCCGUUGCGGCAGCCUCGUGUGAUUGCUGAGAUUAUUGGAGGAGUGUUACUAGGCCCAUCUGCCUUUGGUCGUAGCGAAGCAUUCCUACAAACAAUAUUUCCUCCCAAGAGUCUGCCAGUAUUGGACACACUUGCUAAUCUCGGCCUAAUCUUCUUUCUGUUCUUGGUAGGCCUAGAAUUGGAUCCCAAAGCAUUGCGUCGAACAGGGAAGAAAGCCAUGAGUAUUGCUCUGGCAGGCAUCUGUUUGCCCUUUGGUAUGGGAAUUGGUACAUCAUUUGUUCUAAGGGCAACUAUAUGUAAAGGAGUUAGCCAAGGCCCCUUCAUUGUAUUCAUGGGGGUCGCGCUGUCUAUUACAGCAUUUCCUGUCUUAGCUCGUAUCUUAGCUGAGCUUAAGCUCCUUACCACUGAUGUAGGCCGUAUGGCCAUGUCAGCUGCUGCAGUCAACGAUGUGGCAGCCUGGAUUCUCCUUGCUCUUGCUAUUGCUCUCUCUGGCACCGGAAAAUCUCCUCUUAUUUCAUUGUGGGUGUUCUUGUGUGGUGCCGCGUUUGUUGGAUUGUGUAUUCUUAUAGUUCCGCCCAUCUUUAAAUGGUUAGCCAGGCAUUGCCCUGAUGGAGAGCCCGUGGAUGAAAUUUACAUCUGUGGUACAUUAGCAGCAGUUUUGGCAGCUGGAUUUGUGACCGAUACUAUUGGAAUUCAUGCACUUUUUGGGGCAUUUGUUCUUGGAAUUUUAGCUCCAAAGGAUGGGCCAUUUGCUAGUGCCUUGGUAGAAAAGGUGGAGGAUCUUGUAUCAGGCCUCCUCCUUCCUUUGUACUUUGCUUCGAGUGGACUUAAAACAAAUGUUGCCACCAUUCAAGGGGUUCAGUCAUGGGGACUUUUACUUCUUGUUAUACUAACUGCCUGUUUUGGCAAGGUUAUUGGGACUAUUGUUGUUUCGCGCCUCUGUAAAGUGCCUCUUAGUGAGGCUGUUGCUCUUGGGGUCUUAAUGAACAGCAAGGGUUUGGUGGAGCUGAUUGUUCUGAAUAUUGGCAAAGAUCGAAAGGUGUUAAAUGAUCAAACCUUUGCAAUAAUGGUUCUGAUGGCCCUAGUUACCACAUUCAUGACAACACCAAUCGUGAUGGCGGUGUAUAAACCAGCUAAGCGAGGACGCAUGUAUAAGCUAAGAACAGUUCAAAGAAAAGACCCUAGCACUCAACUCAGGAUCAUGGCAUGCUUCCAUAGUGGAAGGACCAUCCCUACAAUGAUCAACUUAAUUGAAGCAACCCGAGGAACAGAGAAUAAAGAAGGGCUCACAGUGUAUGCAAUGCAUCUUAUGGAGCUCUCUGAAAGGUCUUCUGCUAUUCGGAUGGUUCACAAAGCUCGAAACAACGGUCUUCCCUUCUGGAAUAAGGGGGUGCAGUCAGACUCAGACCAAGUUGUAGUGGCCUUUGAGGCGUAUGGACAGCUUAGCCGUGUCCAAAUUAGGCCAAUGACCGCAAUCUCCCACUUUUCUAACAUGCAUGAAGACAUAUGUGCUAGUGCUGAGAGCAAGACGGCUGCACUCAUUAUCCUUCCCUUCCACAAGCACCAGAAGGUUGAUGGUUCAUUGGAAACCACAAGACAUGAAUAUAGAGUAAUCAACAAAAAGGUCCUAGAAAAUGCUCCUUGCUCAGUUGGUAUCCUAGUAGACCGAGGGCUUGGUGGCUCUUCGCAUGUGUCAGCAAGCAAUGUCGACUCUACUAUAACUGUAUUUUUCUUUGGUGGACCUGAUGAUCGCGAGGCAUUGGCCCUUGGUCAAAGAAUGUCUGAGCACCCCGGGAUUACCCUGAUUGUAGUCCACUUCAGGGCAGACCCCAACAUAGAAGGAGGUGAAAUAGUGGCUAUUGAUGUGAGUGAUAGUAGUAGCAGCAGUAAACACUCCAAGGCACCUGACGAAGAAGCCCUUGAUGCUAUUAAACAAAAAUUGUCCAAGGACGGGUCAGUUAAGUACGAAGAAAGGGUAGUGAAAGCAACUUCUGAAACUAUUGAAAUAAUCAAGGAAUUUAGCCGUUGUCAUAUGAUCUUGGUUGGACGGUCACCUGAAGGUAUGGCGGCUGCUACUUUCAGUAUCAAUGUAAAGGCAGAGUACCCUGAAAUAGGCCCAGUUGGGGGGUUCUUGAUCUCUCAGGAUGUCUCAACAAAUGCUUCAGUUUUAGUGAUGCAUCAGUACAGUGGUGGUUCAAGGACAGUAUCCAUAGAUAUGGACGAGCCAACUGAUGGGACUGAAACCGAAUAAAUGAUUGAGCCGAGUAAUGUCCUUAAGAACUGAUUCUUCUGCUCGUUGCUCAGUGUCUGCAAAGUAGAUAUAUAUGUAGAUAAUCCAUAAUCUCAACCAAAGAAUUCAGAAAUAAAAAUUGCGACAGUAUUUCUUUGGUUUAUAGUCUUCUCCAAAGUUGUUGGACUGACUUUUAUGAAGAUAUCAAGGCAUUUAUGUAAAAAAAAUCUGGUAAGUCACUGAGCUGAAGUGAAGCUUGGGCUUUUCACAACAACAAGCUGUAGAAGUAUAUAUAUGAGCAAAAGAGUUGUAUCAUGCAGCUUCGGAGUAUUUCACUCCCUCCAAUUAAAUGAUGGAUUUUGAACUUUGGCAUGAAAUGUAUCUUUUUAUAUUCUUGCACCAA